UCUCUAGUCCAUUUUGACUAUGAAUUAUUUAAUAGUGAGUUGUUGAUAAAUUUAUUUGGUUUAAGGUCAGGCUAUCACUGUCUUGUCUUCCAAAUGCAUUUUAAGAUUUUCCCAAAUAUCUGUUUGAAAUGUAUAAUUGUUAUGUUCUUUUUUUUUUGGAUUUCAUUAAAAUACUUCCAUGUCAUUUUAUUGUAUCUGUUAUGAACUGUAUCCCUCAUGUCCGCUAAACUAUCUUUAAUGUUGUAAAAUGAUGCUUUAUUUUCCUGAGUAGCUACUGGUGUUCUUUCAACUUUCAUUGGUUUAGGUCUAGAUGAAUAGAACUCGUGUUAAAUUAGCUCAUAUUUAUUGAAAUGUCAUAAUCAUUGCCUUGGCAUUUGCCUCUCUAUUCAUCUGCCUUAGCCUUGUAUUGUACUACAGUGUUGUUAAAUAGCCAUAGUAGGGCCACCAUAACACUAUAACAUGGCAUUUUUCUACCCCUCCGCUAGUGGGAAUUUGUGAAGGGAGUCUUAUUGUGGUGGCGCCAUAGACCACAAUGGCUUUCUUAGCCUCUAUUACUUGUUCAACUUUUGCUAAUGUUAGAAAAAUUGAGAUUAUUGAAGUGGCAUUGAUCCACACAUAGCUUUCUAAAGCACGAUUGGUAGCCUUGGCCCUUAGGUUUUGAAGUUGAAACUAGGAUACCUUCCCAAUCAUGUUGUCAUGAUUGUAGGUUUUACUAAUGAUCGUAUAUGGGUCUAUAAAAGACACCAAUUUUGGAAAGAAACCUUUAAACCCAACGCAUAAGUUAGAUGUUAUAUCUAAAUCCUUAAGCAAUUGAAUUAAAGAAACUUUUUACCUGUUGAAAAAGUAAAUCCCAAGCUAAUUAAUACAAUUUAAUUGAGGUUGUGGAGUGAUGUAAAUAGAAUUUGUUUGCAUAUUGUCUUUAAUUAAUCUAUUGCUGACUACUAUCAUUUUCUUGAGUCGGUGCACUCUUUUUUGCUUUCUCGCAAUAGAGACCAACCCAUCCAUAGAUUUGGCUUCAAUUGUUUCUCUAACUUUUAUGAUCCUACAAAUAUCUUGACUUCGGUCAAUGCUGCAAUGAGUGGUAGAGUUUAACAUAUGGACUUUAAACUGCACUUCACCCAUAUGUUGCCAUCUGUGGUGUUUAGCUACAAAACUCUUGUAGUUCUCAAAUUGGCGUUCACAAGAGUGGCAUAUAUUUCCUCUGUUGAUUUUCCCUUGCUUAAGAUCUUGCACUUGUUUUCUGUUAGUUUUUCAGGAGAUUUAGAUCUCUCGCAGCUUCUCCCUGGGUGUCCUAAUCUUGAGGACUUGGAAGCUAAGGGUGUAGCCUGUAAAAUUAAAGGAAAGUUUAAUAGAUUGCCCGAGUUGGUUAGGGCAAGCAUCGAUGGACAUUUUCCAUUGGAAAUUGUUAAGGAUGUUGAAGUUUUAUUCAUAGAUUGGAUAUAUCACCAAAACCUGGAUUUUGAGUUUCAGAAUUUAGUUCAACUUAAAUUGACUUUGGGACUUAGGAAGGAUUGGUUUGGGGUCUUGGAAGUGCUCAAGCAUUGUCCAAAGCUUCAAACUCUCGUCAUUUACAUUUCUAAUAAGGUUUUUUAUUCAUCUGAUGAUGAAGGCCAUGAAGAAGUAGUUUGGCAAUACCCACAAAUUAUUCCUGCAUGCAUUUCAUUACACCUCAAAACCUGUUGUCUUGAAGGUUACAAGGGUUCUGCAGAUGAGCUUCAAUUUGAAAGGUACAUUACUUCCAAAAGAAACUCAUUCCAUUGCACUCAAUAUACUAGCUAGCAUCAUCACCCUACACCAUGCUCAUUGGAAUCGAUCAUUACAAAAGAGACACGACCCCACAAACAAUGCAGCUAUUGAAAACUUUGAGUAAACAUGACCCCGAUUACCUUAAAGACAGGGACACUUACAUCCGAUGAUAUGGAAUUUUCUGGAGUUGUUGGGUUGAAUGGAACUACAAAUUUGGAGUCUGAUACAAGUAGAGUGCCUGUACGAACAGUUGAAAUCCUGGCUUCUUGCCAUGCAUUGGUAUUUGUUGAGAAUAAGCUGGUUGGUGAUCCUCUCGAGAAGGUUGCACUCAAAGGAAUUGACUGGAGUUAUAAAUCUGAUGACAAGGCUGUACCCAAGAGGAGAAAUGACCAUCCUGUCCAAAUUGUUCAUCGGUACCAUUUCUCAUCUCACCUAAAACGAAUGGCAAUUAUUGUUCGCAUUCAGGAUGAUUUUUUCUCCUUUGUGAAGGUUUGUAGGUUCCUCAUUGUUUGCAUGCCUCAAAUAUUAUUGAUUUUAGUUGCCUAUUGGGUAUUAUAUUACUUUGGCUUAUAGUCAAUGAAACCAUGACUUGGGCAUUUAUACUCUCCAAGUAAAAUGCUCUGUAGUAUCUUUUAUUUUCGAUUGUUAUGAAAUGGUCAAUAAAGUCUGAGUUGGGGAAAUGGAAAAUUGAUUGGAAAAAUGCCAGGUGUAAGAAUUAAUAACGUCCAAAAAGCAUAUUGUUUUCGUUUUCAAUGUUUUGAAUAACAUUUGCAAUUUAAAAGCUUUCAUUUUAAGAUUUGUGUUUUAAGUUUAAAUCUUCUGGUAGGUUUUUCCUUGUAUGAUUAAGGCCUGUCUUAGUUGUAUUAAUAA